CGCCUCCAGCACGCGCACCACAAAAUAGUUGUUAAAGUUAAAUAUUUUUCGCUUGGUUAAACAUUUUCCCGCUCUGUGUUCUACAAGUUUUUAAAGAUAUCUGCAAUUAUUUGCAUACAAAUUGCUUGUAAAUAGUGCCGCAAGCGUAGCUAACUUCAGAGAUGAUGACGUCGCUGCAGCUGGAGACGUCAUUGCCGGCGGUGGAGGAGCAAGUGAACCAGGAGCAGAAGAAGAACAAUGAGCUCGUGGAGGAUACGCACACCGCUUCCACAACGCCCACUCGCAUUCCACAUCCUGCUGUGGCCAACUUCCGGCGUUCCGCUUCCCUGCGCCUGCGCGGGAACCCAUCGGAGCUUGGUUUACGGGCUGAGCACUGUCCAGCCGGCGGAGGCGGAUUCAGUUCGCGCGCCAAGCUCACGGCGAUCCCAGCCAGUCUCAAAUCGCGCUCGCACCCGGUCCACUUGAGGCGUAACCGCAGCUGGAGCAAUUUAGGCCACAAAACGGAGCAGGAACCGGACGUGGAAGUGGAGCCUUCGACGGAGGCGGACUCGGGCCAUGGACUAUGCACCGCCACCCAGUGUCUGUCCCUGGCUGAGGAGGUGGAUGCCCCGCAAGUGGCCAACAACAUGGCCAACGGCAAGCCCCGCAAUCUGUCUCUCAAGUUGAACGGCGGCAGUGACAUCAGCAGCAGUGGCACCUCCACGGCCAGCAUCAAGGAGUCGACGUCUCCCAGGACUCCCAGGACGCCCCAGACGCCGUCAACGGGAGGAGCAGCAGCAUCCGCAGCAGAGGCGCCACCACAACACACCUGCAUCCGCCAGGGCAACUGCGUGAAGGCCACGGGGAAACUGUCCACCCUGCACGAAUCCAAGGUUUCGCCAAGGACUCCGCCCGUCACUCCCGAUUCGCCCAGCACUUAUCUGGACGAUGAUCUAGACUCGAUGUACUCGUUCGCCACCACCACCUCGGGACGCUCCACGAUGUCCUGCGAGCACCCCUAUGUGGCCAGAAACGGCACCACGUUCAGUGGUCGCAAGAUGAAGUACGUGGUGCACUGCUCCAACUACGCGGGUCAGGUGGGAGCCGACUAUCUGACGCCCACGCAGCGGGCACAGCGCCAGAUCCGGCGGCUCAAGGAGCUGCUGUGCAUCGCCCGCCAGGACCUCGAGCAGAAGGAUACGGAAAUACUGCGGUUGACCCGCGAGGUGGUGGAACUGCGCCUGUUCAAGGCAUCGCUGAGUUCGCCGGAGGAGCGAUCCGCCUCAUCCGAUGCGGUUACGGUGCGCGAGGCGGAGCUGAAGACCUCGCAGGAUGUGUCGCCCAUCGUGGACAUGGUGGACGAGGGCAAUGCCAAGGGCAGUCCGCGGCAUCUUUGCCGCCAGCAGCAGACGAUCAACUCCCUGCAGCACCAGCAACUGCAGGCCAUGCAGAUGUCGGCGGAGAUGCAGAGUUCCUAUGCGGACUCCGGCCACUUCGAGGACCUGACCAUGUCGUCGGUGCACUCGAAGGACUCGCAAACGCAGAGCGAAGCCUGCGGCACGGCCACGCCCGAUGGCGAGCCGGAUGCGGCCUGCGGCAGUGGGGAUGCGGCCAGCAAUCUGGAGAACUAUGAGCUGCAGCGACAGGAACUGAUACGCAUGUACGAGCAUCGGAUCGAGGAGCUCAUCCGAAGUCAGGACAGUGCCACCAGCGAUCUGAAGCGAUCGCACAACGACAAGGUGGAGGCGCUGCUCCAGAAGCUGGCCGAGUGCAACACCCGCUACUCGGACAUGGUGCCCGACUACGAGCAGGCCAAGCAACGCAUCCGGGAGCUGGAGAAGCAGCUGGAGGACCUGCAGCGCAAGCUGAUAGAGCACGAGGAGAAGCAGAACAAGAUGUACCUGCACAUGUACCAGCAGGGACAGGAGGCGGAGCGCAUUUCUAGAGCGGAUCAGGCCCUGGAUUUGGCCCAGCGUCAGCCGGAAAGCAAGGUGUCGAUCAACGAGCUGCUGCACCAGCUGCAGAGCACCCAGGACGAAUUGGAGAACAUACGCGCAUCUGAGUGCAGAAUGAGAGAGUGCGGCAGUAAUAAUGCUCUCCUUACUGCAAAAGAGGCGAUUUCUUUGUGGGUACUUGGCGCGCGUAAGACAAUUUAUCGGCGCUUGCUGGAGGCCCAGAAGAAUCGCACCCAUGUGGAUCCGGAGGUGACGCUGCAAUUCCUGAAGAGCGCUAUCUUCUACUUCCUGACGGAUAAGGAGAAUUCCCAGGGCCAUCUUCAGGCCAUCGAGAGUAUCCUGGAGUUCACCGAUGCGGAGAAGCAGAAGAUUAGCGCCGCCACCCGAACGCCAAAAUUGCACGCAAAAGUCAGCAAAACGAUGUCCAAGAUUUUGGUUCAUGCUAAAUUCCAUUGUUUUCAUUAUUGGUCUUAAAGUUAGCUGGCGAAUAUUAUUUGCAAUUUUAUUUGGUUUCCGGAAUAAUUUUGUUAAAUUAUGGAGGCGCCUAUUGUUUAUCUCUUUGACAACGAUAUGUAUAAAUUUUCCUAUAAGUUAAUUUCGAAUAACGUAUUUUUUCGUUUUAAGGCUUAAGGCAUACUAGUACGUCCUUUCUAAGAAUACGAAAAUAUUAAGAGAAAUACAAUUUUACAAAGUCUACGUAGUUUUUGUAGAUCUAGCUAACCAAAAGAGAAUAACACCAUAAAGUUUUGGUCGUUUCAGUGGAGUUUUAAUGCAAAUAAAUGAAAAAGAAAUCAUAAA